AUGCGGAUUGUCCAGGAAGUAAGCAUCGAUGAAGAUGCUGCCUUUGUUGACGAUUGUGAAAGAGCCGGCAAUAGUACAGAUCGUCGCCACAGUACCAUCAGCUAUGCGUCGGCAAGCAGCCACGAGAACAACUCAGAUGGCCAGGACGGAAGUGGGAAGAGCGGACACAUCAAAACCGCUACCGCCACUUCCAAGACCUCGUUGGCGUCCGCCGGGACGGGUCGUUCAUUGGGAGGAUUUGGGUUUCGGCCGUACGGGGAGAGGUCGACGUCAAAGGAGCAGAUCACCACCAUCGACGAACGCAGACCCAGUCGGGCCACAGCUGCGGCGCUCCAAGAACAUGACGAGUAG